CUCCAAUGAGAGCGAUGGCCAUUGGGCCGCCGCGGGGUUUGGCGCUCUGUUGUCCGAAGCUGGGGACAAGAAGACGAGGAAGAUCAGUGAAGUGAACCCGACCCUCGGACAGAAAGUGAAAGGCAGCGCGGUGGGCGGGAAGCCACCGGCGGCAGUAGGUGUAACUAUGGGUCAGACUGGAAAGAAGUCUGAGAAAGGACCAAUUUGUUGGAGGAAGCGUGUAAAAUCAGAAUAUAUGAGGCUUAGACAGCUCAAGAGGUUCAGACGAGCAGAUGAAGUAAAGAGCAUGUUUAAUUGUAAUCGUCAGAAGAUACAAGAAAGAACGGAAAUCUUAAAUCAAGAAUGGAAACAACGCCGGAUACAACCUGUACACAUCAUGACUUCUGUGAGCUCAUUGCGUGGGACCAGGGAGUGUUCUGUCAGCAGUGACUUAGACUUUCCAAAACAAGUUAUUCCUCUCAAAACUCUGAAUGCUGUUGCCUCAGUUCCCAUAAUGUACUCUUGGUCACCCCUUCAACAAAAUUUUAUGGUAGAGGAUGAAACAGUUUUACAUAACAUUCCUUAUAUGGGUGAUGAAGUGCUUGAUCAGGAUGGAACAUUUAUUGAAGAAUUAAUCAAAAAUUAUGAUGGAAAGGUACAUGGAGAUAGGG